AUUACCUGUAAACUAAACUCUCAAAUGGCUGACCACCACGACGAUGAUCUUAUUCCCUCCCAGACUGCUGGUUACAAGCCUGGAGAGAAGAAGACUCUCGAGCAGUACCAGGACCUUGAUGCCCAGGACGAGAGUCUCAAGAAGUGGAAGGAGAGUCUUGGUUUGGGCAACUCUUCUGCCAUCUCUCCCGCAGACGACCCCCGUAGAGUUGUUGUUGACUACAUUGCUCUCGAGAUUGAGGGACGCGAUGAUGUUAUUGUUGACUUGUCUACCCAACAUGCACUUGAACAGGCCAAGAAUACCCCCUUCACUAUUAAGGAAGGUAUUGAGUACCGUAUGAAGGUCAAGUUCAGAGUCCAACAUGAGGUUGUCUCGGGUUUGAAAUACCUCCAGAUCGUCAAGCGAAGGGGUAUCACAGUUGACAAGACCGAAGAGAUGAUUGGCAGUUACGGCCCCUCUGCCGAUGCCUAUGAAAAGAAGUUCCAGCUCGAGGAGGCUCCUUCUGGCAUGUUGGCUCGUGGCCACUAUGUUGCGAUGAGUCGAUUCAUUGACGACGACAAUGUCACUCAUAUGGAGUGGAGCUGGUCUUUUGAUAUCAAGAAGGACUGGUAAAGAAAGAAUGCGAAAAUUAAAGCAAUGAAAGGGGCACAAGAAGUAAUGGAACAAAAUAGUUUAAAGCAAUAUCAUAACAUUUUGUUUAUUACUUUUUUAUCUUUUACCUUUACCAAAUCCAACUUGUCCUAUUUUUCUUCUAUUUUUUUUUACCCCCUUUUUUUUAACCCCUCUUAUUUCUCUUUCUCUCUAUUUCUCUCUGUGUGUUUGACUUUCUCUUUAUCUAUAUCCUUUUUUUAUUUUUUUUCUUCUUUUUUUUUUCUUCUUCUUAAAAAAGCACUGGUAAAGACUACAAUUUCAUAUUGAAAGAUUCAAUUUUUUUUACACUCC